GCCAAUUUAGACCCUGCCAGCUAUUUCACUUAGUCUCCAUUUCAAGGAAUCACUGUAUAUAUAUUGGCUUUGAUAUGGGCUUCCACUAUCACAUUCACAUACCCAAUUGUGAAUUUCAACAAAACUAUCUUCCCUCUGUUUUUCUAGACACAUUUGUUCAACCUCAGACAACAUAGAUUUCAUUUAAUCUCUAGGAUAUGAUAUCUUCAAAAUUUUUGCUUUCUGUGUUUGUUAUAUGCUGUCUGCUGGCAGUCUCAGAGGCUAAUUUCUACAAACAUUUUGACAUUACUUGGGGUGAUCAGAGGGGUAAAAUACUCAAUGGUGGCCAGCUUCUCACCUUGUCUCUUGAUAAGGCUUCUGGCUCUGGUUUUCAGUCCAAGAAUGAGUACUUAUUUGGCAGAAUUGAUAUGCAAAUAAAACUAGUACCGGGUAACUCAGCUGGCACAGUCACAACAUUUUAUUUAUCCUCUCAAGGACCAAACCACGAUGAGAUCGACUUCGAAUUUCUGGGAAACUUGUCUGGAGAUCCAUACAUUCUUCAUACCAACGUGUUUAGUCAAGGAAAAGGGAACAGAGAACAACAGUUCCAUCUCUGGUUUGAUCCAACAUUAGCCUUCCACACCUACUCCAUUGUCUGGAAUGCUCAAAGGAUCAUGUUCUUGGUGGAUAACAUACCUAUAAGAGUAUUCAACAACUUGGAAUCAAUUGGUGUGCCAUUUCCUAAUAAGAAACCAAUGAGGAUAUAUUCAAGUCUUUGGAAUGCUGAUGACUGGGCAACAAGAGGUGGGCUAGUGAAGACUGAUUGGACAAAAGCACCUUUCACUGCCUCUUACAGAAAUUUCAAUGCAAAUGCAUGUGUCUGGUCAUCUGGCUCACCUUGUGAAUUAAUCUCUACAAAUUCCUUGCAAGACUCUGCAUGGCAACUCCAAGAACUUAAUGCCUCGGGCAGGAAUAGAAUAAGAUGGGUGCAUCAGAAAUAUAUGAUCUAUAACUACUGCACUGAUUUCAAACGAUUUCCUGAAGGUCUUCCACCUGAGUGCAAGAGGUCAAGAUUUCUCUAAAGCUAAGACACUGCAUACAUCCAAAGCCUUCAUUUUUAUUCUUUUAUUUAACAUAUGUUAAUUGGCCAUAUAUUAGUUGAAUACCUGUUAUUUAUUCUUUUUCCCAGUGAUAAAAAAUUGUCUGUAUUUAUUCUUUCUGCAAAUGUAUGAAUGUCAUGUAACGAACCACUUUGUUCUUUUCCUUUAACAACCUCUUCAACCUAA